AUGCUGCGCUUAAUACGAGAGCGUGAGAGACGCGCUAUUCGGCGGGAGAGGAUAUUCCGUGAUCGAUUUGACCCGAUUGAUUCGAUGCGGGAGGAUUUAUUUAUGAAACGAUACAGAUUUCCAAAAAACAUUUGCAUCGAUUUUUGUAGAGAGCUUUCGGCGGAGCUUCAGCAUCCGACAGAGAGGAACCACGCCCUUACUGUGUCAAUGCAAGUACGCACUGCGUUGCGUUUUUUUGCCAGUGGCAAUAACCAAUCGAGUGUUUGGGACAAUCAUCACAUUAGUGUGUCAAGCGCUUCGCGAUGCAUAAAUUCAGUUUCCUCUGCUUUGGCGGCUCGUAUCGAUCAACACGUGUACUUCCCGAACAAUCUAAAGCAUGUGAAGGCGAAGUUUUUCGAAAAAACGGAAUUUCCCGGCGUGAUUGAGUCGAUUGAUGGGACCCACGUCCGCAUCAGCAGACCAAGCAUCAACGAAAAUAUAUACGUGAAUCGAAAGGGGUUUCACAGCAUCAAUGCGAUGCUUGUGUGUGACUGGGACAUGAUAAUAAAUAACUGUGUAGCCCGUUUUCCUGGUGGAACACACGACUCCUACGUCCUUCACAGUUCAGCACUAGGCCGAGAAUUCGAGAGAAAUCCACCAAAUAGUUGGCUGUUGGGAGAUUCUGGGUAUCCUUCCAAGAGAUGGAUUAUGACACCUCUUGGUAAUGCUCAAACACGACAGGAAAAACAUUAUCAACGGAGGCAAUGUAAAGCUAGGAGCAUCAUUGAGCGUUGCAAUGUAUUGUUGAAGGAACGCUUCAGAUGCCUCAGGAAGGAGCUACAUUACACUCCUGCAAAAGCAUCUAUGGUAAUUCAGUCUUACUGUGCUCUUCACAAUGUUUCCGUCAGAUACAAGUUGCCAGUCUUACAUGAUCCGGAUAGUACAGACGAUGAUUCCUCUGAUAGUGAUGCUGGGGAUGACGAGUUUCCUCCAAGGUACAAUGACAUGAACGGAAACCAAAUAAGAGAGGAAUUGGUUGCAACAUUAUAG